UAUAUAUACAAUAGACGUUUGCUGAUUCUUUAUGAUUCACUGUGGUAUCGUAACAGUGCAUGAAACAGAAAAAAGUAUAUUACUUUUAGAAAAUAGGAGGACAGUAGAUCACAUGAAAUGUGAAAUGAUGAUUUUUUUUAUAAUGUUUCUCUGCUGUGUAGUAAAGGGAGAGUUAUGUAUUCGAUUAUUAAACAAUGAUGCUGAAUUCGAUGCAAUUUUGAAUAUUCCUGGGCGAUUAUGGCGUUGGAAUUCUGUUGAUACAAAAUUCGAAAUGAUUGAAGCACUCAAGUACAACAGAUCAGCAAUAUGCAGUAUAAAGGAAGUGCGCGAUAUUCAAAGACAAACAAUUACAGUGAUCGCUGACAUGAUGCCACCAUACAUCAUGCUGGAUGAACAUAGUGAUGCAGUUACUGGGUAUAUCGGAGAAGUCUGGACAAUAUUGCAGAAGAAACUAAAAUUCAAGACCUUCUUUGAAAGAGCUAAUCCUGCCAGCGGUAGAUCAUUAGUCAAUGGCAAGGCUGAUGAAAUUCUUGCUGCUACUGCCAUUCAUACAUCUGCUGCUAGCUAUUUUGCUUAUAGUACACCAGUUGCUACUAGUUCAUAUUCUCUGUUUAUACUCUCUGAUGGGUCUGGGGUGUCUACAUGGUGGUACAUAAAAAUAUUCAGCAUAAGACUAUGGUUAACCAUAAUAAUGUUUAUGAUAGUCAUAUGGGGAGUUGUUGUGUUGAAUUAUGUAUUAAGAAGAUCCGUGUACAGCAGGACUUGCGAUAGACAUGCGGAUAGCGUAAUGCCUCCUAUAAAUUUCAUAACUAUUUUGGGAGGUGUAACUGGACAAGGAUUUCCAAGAAUGCCUACCAGUUGGUCACUACGAUUACUAGUGCUUUCAAUAUUAAUUAUGGGAAUGCUGAUAGCCGUUGAAUUUAAUAGUACACUAACAUCUUUCUUGACAAUAAAAGGGACAUCAUUGCCAAUAUCAAACUUAGAGGAUGUAGUAAAAAAGAAGACACACUCUUUAUGUCUAAGGAAUGACAGCACUGCUUACAUCCACUUCACAGAUACAUGGACCUUAGAGGGAAAUAUUAAAAAAGAAUGGAGUGAUUUGAUCAAUAAGAAUUGCCCUGAUAUGAGGAAUCACAAAGUUUUGCAUUCCCAUUUGUGUCAACAAGGAGUCGUUUACUUGGAGGCACCAAUAAUAUUUCAAACAGUAUAUAACCAAGUCAAGGAAAAAUGUGACAUAGUUCAAAUACCUGGUAAUUACUGGAGCCUGAAACUAGCCAUUUUACAUGCAAGAGCAUCGCCACAUAAAUGUCUAAUAGAUUUUUAUUUAUUGAAAUUACGUGAAGCUGGUAUCUUAAUGUAUCUGGAAUCAAAGUGGAUAUCUAACAAGGGUAUUAUAUCUAGUGCAGCAACACAGCCACAAGGUAGCUUUCAUCCUGUGCAGCAUGAACAUGUAUAUCUGACAUGCUUUUGUCUAUUAAUCAUUAUGACAAUCAGCACCAUUAUUUGUAUAGUAGAAAACAUUUGGUACAGAUAUCAAGUGAGACGUAGAAAACAACAUUUAAGAUAUAUUACGAGAAAAAACAGAUUCUUGAGUAUAGCUGGUCAAAGAACCGUACUUUUUACAAACUUUGAAUAGAAUAUCUUUGAAAAAUAUAAUAGUUAAAAAUACUCGUUAUAAGCUGAGUCAUGGUAUUGAUUCUUAUUAAGCGGCUGUCAAACAAUCUC